UCCAGCAAAUCCAAGCCUUUAAAAUUUAAUGCAGUCUUACACCUUCACUGACCCAUGCCAUAUUUUCUCCUUCAAAACCAGACAAAGCAGCAGCAGCCUCAUCACUCUCUCUCUAUAAGCCUCACACUUUCUCUAUCUAAAACCCACCAGCAUCAAUUCCAAUUCCAUGGCUUCUGCAAAUCCAAAUAACCAUCUGCGUCUCUCUCUUCUCUCUGUAUUGCUUUUCCUUUCUCUCUCUGAACUCUCUUUUUCUGUACGGGACCCAGUUUCAGUCUAUGAAAUCUUGCCCAAGUAUGGCCUCCCAAGCGGACUAUUACCCGAUUCAGUAACAAACUAUUCGCUCUCAGAUGACGGUCGCUUCAUUGUUCUUCUGGAGAAGCCGUGCUAUAUUCAAUUCGAUUACUUGGUCUAUUACGAUAAGCAAAUUUCUGGCAAGUUAAAUUACGGGUCAAUCACGGAUUUGAAAGGGAUUGAGGUUCAAAGGUUCUUUUUGUGGUUCAGUGUUGAUGAGAUCAAGGUUGAUUUGCCUCCCUCCGAUUCUAUUUACUUCCAGGUGGGCAUAAUCAAUAAGAAACUUGAUGUUGAUCAGUUUAAGACCGUCCACUCUUGCCGUAAUAAGGUCUCUGGGUCCUGUGGCGGAUUCUGGAAUCGAAUUAUGGAGCUUCCAACUCCCACGGAUGAUAUUCAGAUGCUAAUUACCGAGUAGAGGCAACCAAGUGUUUCUGCUGUAUGGGUAAAGUAGUUUAGAAACUUUGAUAUUUAAGUGGUUAGCAAUUUAUGGUCAUGGUUACGGUUACGGUCAUGGUCAUGGUCAUUUUCGGGCUCGCAAACUAUGAGUCCAUUAGAGUAAUAUAUAAAGUAGUAAUGAGAAUUUCCCUCUCAUUGAGCCUAAUCAUAUGAAUGAGCAGGGGAAGUUGUAUGUAUAUAUUAGACAUGUUAGUUUUUAAUGUACUACUAUCAUGUGUGUAUGAACUCUGUUGAGCAAUUGUACUGAGGAACUACUUCAGCUUGUGGUUUCAUGUCA